AUGAAGAAGCUGAACUUAGAUACGGUGAAAGCUGGAGAGAAGCAGUUGCUGCAACUUCACGAGUUGGAUGAGUUUCGCUAUCAUGUAUAUGAAAAUGAAAAGAUGUAUAAGGAGCGAAUGGAGAUAAUGCAUGAUAAUAGAAUUCGACCUCGUGAGUUUGACCCCAAGCAAUUGGUGUUGCUGUAUAAUUCCCGUCUCAAGUUGUUUGGUGGUAAGCUGAAGAGCAAGUGGUCUGGGCCAUUCGAGGUUGUUCGUGUUACUGCACAUGGAACGGUUGAGCUAAAGAAGCCUAACUCAGAUGAAACAUUCUUGGUGAACGGACAGAUAGUGAAGCAUUACUAUGGGGAGGCCACGAAACGUGUGAGGACCUCCAUUGAUUUAGAAGAGGCUUGA